GAAAGCCUUCACCGGGCGGAAGUCGGGCAGGCGGAAGCGGAAGUCGUGAGAAGGACGGCGCGUUGUGGUGGCGCUUUGAGCCAGAAGGAUGCUUCCACUCUCCUUGCUGAAGACGGCUCAGAACCACCCUAUGCUGGUGGAGCUGAAAAAUGGGGAAACUUACAACGGCCACUUAGUCAGCUGCGACAACUGGAUGAACAUCAACCUUCGGGAAGUCAUCUGUACCUCCAGGGAUGGAGACAAGUUCUGGAGGAUGCCGGAGUGUUACAUCCGCGGCAGCACCAUCAAAUACUUGCGAAUCCCGGACGAGAUCAUCGACAUGGUGAAGGAGGAAGUGGUGACUAAGGGCCGAGGCCGCGGUGGGAUGCAGCAGCAGAAGCAGCAGAAGGGCCGGGGCGUUGGUGGCACUGGGCGGGGCGUGUUCGGGGGCCGGGGCCGGGGCAUCGCAGGGGGCAACCGAGGGCAGCCGGAGAAGAAGCCCGGGAGGCAAGCCGCCAAGCAGUGAGAGCCCCAAGACGCCCAGGAGAAACCCUCAGACUCAAAAACCACAUCCCUGGGAGAAGCUGGGUCUCCAGUACCAUGAAAGAAACUUUAAAUUGUGCCCUCUUUUUGGUUGUUGUAGUAUUUUUUUUUAUUGGUUAUGUUUCGUUUCAUUUUGAAUGCAAAGCCGGAGUUUAGACACGAGAGUUGGGGUAUCCGCUCAUUCUUUAGUGUAGACAGUUUCACUCUGGCUGGGACAAACCCUGAAGGACCUUCUGGGUGUCCUUUGGGGGGGGCUGCGCUUCGCCCUGCUCGCUGGGUGCGGAGGAUGCCUCGACAAAACGUCAGGACAGAUGAGCAGCACCUCUCCUCGGUUCGGUCACGAGGGCUGGACUCUUUCAGAUGGACUGACUUUUUCUUUUAAAACCGAAUCCUCUCACGAGAAAGGGAGGGCUUGCGUGGUGGAUUUGUGGAAGAAGCCAAUGCCAGACUCCCCAGUCUUGGCAGCUGGGAUCUGUGCCAGAUGUUUUGCCCCCACCCUCACUGUUCCAAAAAAAAAGAGGAAUUAAAUAACAACAACAGUCGU